AUGCUCGACUCGCCUGUCAACCUCUUCCCUGGCCAUCCUAGCCCGCAGCGUUCAUUACGGCGAGUUCCUUCCUGGUCGAUGGCAUUCAAGCCCAAUAAUCCAGACUCCUGGAAACCACCAGAUGCCUGGGACUGUGGCCCACCUCCGGAAGUGCGAACGCCAAUGAUUGAGGCAGUCAUUGAAGAGACACCAGAGCUCGAUGCCGCAUGUGCCAUGUCCAUGGAUCUUAAUGGGAUGCAGCGUGAGAUCAGGCGUAUGGCCGCUGCAAGCCACAGCAUCCGGCUUUUGCGACUGAAAGAGGUUUGGGGCGAGACCACCGAUGCCAGCCUCUACAAGGAGCUUGAGAUGGAAAAGAAGAGAUGGAUGCUUUCUUCUUUGCACAACAUGGACAAGCCAGUAGAGGUGGACCAACCGAAGGCUCACCCCAACAAAAUUACUCCUGCCAAGGCGAAGAAGGUCCUCGCGCUUUACGAGACUCAGGCCGCCAUCCACUUCAAUAAGCAAGUGUACCACCUGGCUUCGUCACCGCUGUCUCACACACUCUUUCCCAAUAUCCACCCGGUAAAUGUACCUGCCAUUUCGCCAUCAGCCUUCCCAGUGGCUCCAUCUCUGUUCGGCAUAGUCUACUCGUUAGCACUACCGGCGCUUCUGCCAUCGCCUGAAGUUCCCAGUCUCCUCAAAAAUGUUCACCGGUGCCUCGCUGCCGGUGGUGCCUUUCACCUUACAUUGAUCGACCCCCUUCCUGUCACGACUACGUUGGGCCCUCUGAUGCGCUCGUGGAUCGAGGAAAACCUCAUCUUCAACCUCGAGAAGAACUUCCGCUGCAUGAACCCAAGCAAACUCUUCCCUCUGUGGUUAGCAGAUGCUUCCCUCCGUGCUGAAGGCAGUACCAUCACCACUGUGAGGUUUUCCGCCAUACCACCAACAGACAGACCAGACACAGCUACAACCGAUGCUGAGGUGCUUGCAGAUAAGGCUGUCAAGCAGGAGCUUCGCAGUAUCGUCGGCCGUAUGCUCUGGAGGGAAGUAUGGGGACAGUACAUCACUGCAGACCAGUGGUGGUGGGAGAUCCCCAAAAUUGUAGAAGAGUGCGAGCAGCUAAAGACGGCAUGGGAGUAUAGCAUCAUCGAGGCAGUCAAGGAAGCGUGA